GUUUGGCGGGCAGCGGUUCACCGAUUGGCGGGUCUUCGCUCCUGUAGUUAAUGGUCGUCGUAGCCGUCCGUGUAGCAUCAGCUCGAAAUUUUCUCUAAAAAACGAGGUCUACCGUGAGUUGGUUGUGCCGGACGAGUUGUUGAGCUGUCCUUAAGAGUAGAAGAUCAGGAAAAGACCGUCGUUUCAAAGACUAAAAGAUGAGUUCAAGCGUGUGCUACAAGUGUAACCGGAUGGGCCAUUUCGCUCGGGAGUGUCCGCAAGGCGGAGCCGGAGGCGGCGGACGAGGAGAUCGUGACCGUGACCGUGAUGGUGGAUUUGGAAGGAAUCGUGGUGAGAAGUGCUUUAAGUGUAACCGAUAUGGUCACUUUGCACGUGAUUGUAAAGAAGAUCAAGACCUUUGCUACCGUUGUAACGGAGUUGGGCAUAUCGCGAAGGACUGCCAGCAGGUAGGAUCAAACGUCCCUGAACUGAAUUGUUACAACUGUAACAAGACUGGGCACAUUGCUCGCAGCUGUCCUGAGGGCAAUGAUUCUGGCCGGUUCUCUGGUCAGAGCUGCUACAAUUGCAACAAGACAGGCCACAUCGCUCGAAACUGCCAGGAAUCUGGUGGUAAAACUUGUUACAUAUGCGGCAAGCCAGGGCACAUAAGCCGUGAAUGCGACCAGGAUGAUAGGAAGUAGGGAAAUAACCGAACCCUUACAAACACUACACAUUUAUUACUGAUUGAUUGAUUGAUCGUUGGGGAUAGUAAUUAGAGUAGCGUUUUAUCGCUCCAAGUAUCACACCAAGAUCAUUCAAACCUCCCCCUGCCCUCCCCUCCGCCCACCGUUGUUUCUUCGCAAGGGUUUCUUAUAAUCUUUAAGUUUUUAUUGCUGUUAUGCCACACUAUAAACUAUAAUAAUAAUAUUGGAAAUAUUCAAUUGAAUCAUCGCAUAGACGCCAUCCUCCCUUUCAAUAUCUCACGUUCACAUAAUUUUGCGGUGCAAGAUGUAUAUUUUUUUUUUUUUCUAGUAAUAAAACUAAUUCCAAUGUUUAUAAUAAACGAGUAUUAGGAAUAUCCAAGUUCGAUUGGCUUUUUAUUUUGUUCCUGUGACUGUUUCUUGCCAGACACAGGUACCAAUCAAACGUUUAUUCAGAACUCUGGUCUUGUCUAUGAAACUAUAUUUAUGGUCACUCGAUCGUAAGACAACUAACAUGAAAUCCAGCGCAUAAAUAAUUCCAGUGAAUUGUGCGCUUCAUGCCACAUUUUUGAGUCACCUGUUGUAGUCUGCAAGAACAAUUCAAGAAUACUAAACUUCAUACUCAAGUUAGAACUAUAUAUUCUUGUUCAGCUCUGGCAAAUCUUUUGGUAAAAGAAUUAUGCCCUUUUCAAUCUUAAUUAUCGAGAGAAAAGAUCUUCAGAAUAUCAUAUCUUUAAGAUGGUAAAAAAAUCCAAUCAAUCAAAUGAGCUGAUGAAAGAAAUUUAACAAACAUGUUUCAAUCUUUUCUUUUAUUAGACCGAUUGUUGUAACAAAAUCGUUUGACAUCCCUUACGACCAAUCUGUACAUCUUGCAUCACGUCCUAUCCACUUUCAUCAAUUCUCUAUAUUCAAUUGACAUAAAAUGAGAAAAAUAAAAUAAAUGAAAUGAUGAAAACACGUUCGAGAGACCGACCCUGAAUAUUGUAAGGUUUAGUAACGAUAAUAUUACCUAAUAUUUAAGGAUGUAUAAGAGUAAGCACUUUUUGCGCUAGCCUAGAUUUGCUCCGCAAAUGACAAUUGAUGAUCGUAGUACGCAAAAAGCUGGAGUUGUUUUGUACUAUAAAACUAGGUAUACUAAAGUCGCUGCUGGUGACUUAUAGUUUUCUCAUUUUUAAUUGAUGUAGAUUGGUUUUGAUCAAGGUUGUGUCCAACAAUCAUAUGUCCAUCGAUCAUAUGUCCAUUGGAUCUCCAUAUUUAUAGACAUCGUGUAACAGGAAUAAGUAUUUCGUUAAUGGUAUAAAAUCUCCCUCAUCUAUUCGUCUUUGCUGAUUCUUUGCCAUAAUAGAAAAAUAUGGAAUUCUUGAAACCAGUUGCCUCGAAUCCAAUUACCUUAAUGUCGCAGACUGGUUCAAGUUAUCAGUUCAGAUUAAUCAAAACUAACUCCAAAAUCAGAUUUCUUACCACAAGUUGGUACAUGGCUCUAUCGACAAAGCGUUGAUGACCAUGGUGAUGUCGACGACGACGAUGAUGAUAAAGAUUAUGAAUUAAUGAUAAAAGAAAACCUUUAACGUGCAGCGUGUAGAGAUCUUUAACAUUCUGUUGAUUGGCUUUUUUUAUACUCGCUGACAUGUUCUUUCAGGUCUAUAACUCUUUUUAAGACAUGAUUCAACGACUGACAUGCACAGUAUGGGUGUGCUUAUCAAUGUAGCUGUACAAUAGUGAAAUACAGGUGGAUGUGAACGGAAAUGUCGUUGAAGAAAUUUGUUUUCUAAUUUUACACCUUUAUUAUACUAAUAUUCUCAACAGCUCAUCUUCAAUUGCCAAAGCAAAACUACAGCUCUGACUUGAGAAAUGUAAGACUUUAAUUUGAAAUAUUGAAAUUUUGAUUAGGUUUUAGAUAGUUCAUUACCUCUUAUGGGCUAAUAUUUUCUAAUCGAACGAUUAUCAUUACUUUUUUAAAAUUUCUAAACAAAACUCCAGCAGCUACUUAAAAAAUUCAAACUCGUAUUUCUUCAACAUUCAAAGUCAUAGCAUCGUAAUCAAUAAUUGAAGAUUAAUGCGGGUUUAUUAUUUAAACCAGCGGCGACAACACAUGUACUAGUGUUCAAAUGCAAAGUGCAAUGUCCUAGUAAAACAUGUCCCAAAAUUACUGUAUGGUACAGGUGUCCUGGUAAACUUGUACGUGCUAUUAUAGUAAUUCAACAUGUUUCACUUAUUCAUUCUUGGAGACAUUUUUCUCUCCUACUAAAGUACUGAAUGUUUGAGAGGUAUUUACUACUUUGUAUGACACUAAAUUGUGUCUACCUUUUUUUGACACUUAUAGAACAUAAUCGAAUGCUUUAUUGGCUGUUAGUGUAAAUUUGCUAAAUUCGACGAGGUGGUCCAAACGAGCCUAAAGACUCGGUGGUAACUUGUUAACGGAUUAUAUCGUUGUAAUACAAAUUGUGUAUUGAGUAUUUGAGUGGGGGCACCUGGGCUACGAUUCUCUGCUACAAGACUUACGUAUGAAUAAUGUAAAGAAUAUGAAUGUUACGGUGUAUAACUAACUCGGCCGGCGUCUCCGGGCAAGCUCGACUUAUAAACUAAUAUUAAUAAUACCUAAAGGAAGAGAACAAAAAAAAAAGAAAAAGAAAAUAAAUAAAACUUCAGGAUAAUAAGGAUAACGAAUAUUUAAAGUUAUGUUUUUAACAGAAUUUUGAAAUAGAAUACGUAUGGAGAGGCA